AUGGCCGCGUGCAAGUAUACAUGGUCCGCCAAUAACGCGGAUGAUUGGGUUUUGAAGUUGGGGUUUGUGGGCACUGGGUAUGUUGCAUCGACAAGUAGUGGGGGAUUAUUUGGUUACUCAUUGCUGAACGUUUCCGCCCCAUUGAUCAAGAUUGACAAGGCCCACGAAGCCAGCAUCAAUGAUAUGAAAGUGAUCGAGGAGAACCUAGUAACAACUUGUUCCACUGACGGUAUCAAAAUUUGGGACAUUAGAGUGGGCAGCUGUCAAAACACCUUGGGCAAUGGGAAAUCAAAUUUUUUGUCACUAGCUUCUCAAGGGCAUCUUUUGGCUGGGGGUACAGAGCUAUUAGGUGCCGAUGCUGAAGUACAUGUUUGGGACUUGAGAAGUCCAGAACAAGUGGUAAGAUCUUUUGUUGAUUCGCAUCACGAUGAUGUCACUGCACUAGAGUUCCAUCCCACCAUGACCAAUUAUUUAAUGUCAGGCUCAACAGAUGGCUACGUGAAUAUCUACGACAUGUCUAAAUCAGACGAGGAUGACGCAUUGCAUCAAGUGAUCAAUUUCGGUUCUGUGCAUUCGUGCCAUUUUAUCACGGAGUCAAGAAUUUCGGUUUUGACACAUAUUGAAACACUUUUGAUUCACGAUUUGAACGACACAAAUUAUGACGACUUAGUGGGCCCCAAGUUUGACGAUAGAGGGGAUUUGAGAAAGCAAUGGCCAGAUAAUGAGUAUGUUGUGGACGUUUCUCCCAGCGGGUUUGCCGCGUAUGGUGCGAAUUCAUCCAGCAAAUUAUUCAUCAUACCAUUCAGCCCAACUAAGGAGAAAUUUAAGGACUCAAAGAUCAUUACUUUGGAUGGCGCCCAUGGUGAAGAGGUGGUGCGAGAUGUCAUUAUAAAGCCGAAUACAACACGUUGUUUGACUUGUGGUGAAGAUGGUAAAGUAAAGCUUUGGGACUUACCAGAGGCACUCAAACAUUAUUCCAUCGAAAAUGCACCUGUUGCAACUAUUGGAAAAGACAAGGGAAAAACAGAUACUAAGAAACAUCACAAGAAGGCACAUAAAAAUAAAAGCCGAAGAUUCAAUCCUUAUUGA